GUAUGCGCGUGUAAAUAGAAAGGCGAGGCAGCAUGAUGUGAUGCCCCUCACACGGAUUGACGAUGACGCUGACUGACCGGAAGCGGGUUUGUCAAUUCCCUUCCCGCCCCCUCUGGUCAGCUGACCGUCGGCCGGUCUGCUGACUGUCAAGCGGCUUCGGCUCGUCCGUCGAGGCCGCGGUGAGACUGAGAGCUGCCCGCCUUCUGGAGCUCCUCAACGGAUUCGCCGUCAUCGUCGUUCUUCUCCGGGAUAUCGGAUCUCCAGGGUUCCUGGUUGGUGUCGAGGGGAUUUCUAAACUGGAUCAGUCGGCUGGACCUUUGGCCGCCGCCACCUGAGCUCGGCGCACCUUGCCCCGGGCGUGAACGCCCUCCUCCUGCCCCCGGCGGCGGCGGCCGGCCCGCCGUCCAUUCGUCCGGCGAGGCUCCCUCCCCGCCGGCCGCGGAGCACCAUGGCCCUGGUGGAGGUCGUUAUGCAAGGCCUGGCCGUGUUCGGCUUGUUGCUCUUCGUCGUGCUGUGGCUCAUGCACUUCAUGUCCAUCAUUUACGUGCGCCUGCAUCUGCACAAGAAGAGGUCGGAGGUCAAGCAGCCGGCGGGCGUGUCCCUGCUCAAGCCGCUCAAGGGCGUCGAUCCCAACCUCAUUUCCAACCUGGAGACCUUCUUCACCAUGGACUACCCCAAGUACGAGGUGCUGAUGUGCGUUCAGGACCAGGACGACCCGGCCGUUGACGUUUGUAAGAAACUGCUGGGCAAAUAUCCCAACGUGGACGCUCGCCUCUUCAUCGGGGGCAAGAAGGUGGGCAUCAACCCCAAGAUCAACAACCUGAUGCCAGGCUACGAGGGUGCCAAGUAUGGCCUGGUGUGGAUCUGCGACAGCGGCAUCCGAGUGAAAGCAGACACGCUGACUGAUCUGACCAAUCAGAUGACUGAGAAAGUGGGUCUGGUGCACGGUCUGCCGUACGUCGCCGACCGACAGGGAUUUGCCGCCACGCUGGAGCAGGUCUACUUCGGGACGUCCCACCCUCGGUCGUACAUUUCAGCCAACGUGAUGGGCAUCAAGUGCGUGACAGGCAUGUCGUGUCUGAUGCGCAAAGACGUCCUGGACCAGGCUGGCGGCCUGGUGGCCUUUGCGCAAUACAUCGCCGAAGAUUACUUCAUGGCCAAGGCCAUCGCAGACAGAGGCUGGAAGUUCUCCAUGGCGACGCAGGUGGCCUUGCAGAAUUCAGGCUCCUACUCCAUCGGCCAAUUCCAGUCACGCUUGAUCAGGUGGACCAAGCUGCGCAUCAACAUGCUUCCCGGCACUGUGUUGGAGCCCGUCUCCGAGUGCUUCCUGGCUAGCCUCAUCAUUGGUUGGGCCGCGCAUUACGUAUUCAGGUGGGACAUGAUGGUGUUCUUCAUGUGUCAUUGUCUGGCGUGGUUCAUCGCUGACUAUGUUCAACUCACCGGAGUUCAGGGCGGGCCGCCGAGCUUCUCCAAGCUUGACUUUGCGGUGGCGUGGUUCAUCCGCGAGUCCAUGGCGGUGCAGAUCUUCCUUUCGGCGCUUUGGGAUCCCACCAUCAGCUGGCGGACCGGCCGGUACCGGCUCCGAUGCGGCGGCACUGCUGAGGAGAUCCUGGACGUUUAGCCGGCGUCCUAGAGACUCGUGUGUAUUUUUUUAUGACUAUUUAUGUUCAUUUUGGUGCUAACGUUAAUGAAGAAGCAGCGGGAUGACAACGGAGCCCUGGGCCACUCCCGGUUUCCGUGGAAACACGCUCGCGUUAAGGUGAUGCGAGACGACGCCACCAAAGCGUUUCAAUCAGGAGGUGGCGCUAUCGCCUAUCUUUUUUUUUUUGAGGGUGGGGGUCCCUCCGUCACUGAACUAUUCCGACGACGGCGACAUCAAACAGUGUUAUGAGCGUGCACGUGACAAAAUGUCUGUUCCUUGUGACCGCCACAGUGUUAUGUCAUAUCAUUUCAUGUCAACUAACAAGUGCGUGCGUGUCAGCCAGCAAGACUGAGAGUUUUCCGCAACACCGGGUGCGUUGAGAAAUACUCUCUGAGCGCACACUGCUUCACUCGACCAUUCGUAAACACAGAGCAUUGUUCAAAUCUGCUGUUUGGUUAUUCACACCAAAAAAGGAGUGCCUCGGGUGGUGUUUAGCUCAGCAGGUAGUGCACAUGCCCAGAUGCCCC